UUGGUGUCUUGUGUGGUUAAGUUUUGUCAGGAGAUCGGAAGACGUUACAUGUGCUUGUUGCACAGGACUCCAGCAGCAGGUCUUCUGCUCGACUGUUUGCAGGGGAUUUCAAGUACUUAACUGGGAGUAACAAAUGCCUACGGUAGAUAUUGUUAGUGGCAUCUGUCUGCUCAUGGACUACGGAGACACCAUGUGCGUACUGAGACCUGUGGUGGGAAUCUGAAAGAGAGGAAAAAGAUGUGAGUUUGUUCUCUGUUUGUGUUAAGCGACACACAGAACCUCACUGAAGGUAUCCUCGAAAGGACAGAGUCCUCACACUUCACAUAAACAUCUCCACUGGACGUGACGUCGACCCGUACAAAAACUGAUUCACCUGAUCUCAUCCGGUUUUCGUUUUCUGAAAAGGAAGAGAGAAAGUUUCUCCAAAGGCUCGGAUGCAUUUGUCAAUGGAUACCCUGGGAAUAGUGGAUGAUAGUUGCCUGGACAACUAUGACAUGGCUAAAGGUGCUGGGUCAAGCGGAGGAGGCAGAGUCCACAGUAUUGAUGUCAUACUGGGAUUCACUAAAGACCAAGAUCCCUUACUUCAUUCAGUGGGAGGUGAUGACAACCAAAAAACCAAUGGAUCAAACCCACAGGACCGUGAAAAGCAGGUCCCAUCGGACCACUAUGGGCACCUUCCAGAGCUAGGUGACAACUCCCAGCAUUCUACAUAUCAUGAAUCUGAUCUCUUCUCCGGUGACAAGUGUGACGGAGAAAUGAGCCACCUGCAGAAGGAAGUGGAUGAUAAUGAGGACUCCCCAGAGACCGUUAAGGAGGAAGAGCACACUAAAAAGAAACACAGAAGAAAUCGCACCACUUUCACCACCUAUCAGCUUCACGAGCUGGAGAGGGCCUUCGAGAAGUCCCACUACCCAGAUGUCUACAGCCGCGAGGAGCUGGCAAUGAAGGUUAAUUUGCCUGAAGUUCGAGUUCAGGUGUGGUUCCAGAAUCGAAGGGCAAAGUGGAGACGUCAAGAGAAGAUGGACACUAGCACCAUGAAGCUCCACGAUUCACCCAUGCUAUCCUUCAAUCGCCCCCCAAUGCCUCCUAACGUGGGGCCCGUGGGCAACCCGAUGCCACUAGACCCCUGGCUGACCUCACCCAUUUCCAGUGCCACACAGAUGCACACCAUUCCAGGGUUCAUGGGUUCACCACAGAGCCUGCAGCCCGCCUAUCCAAGCCACAGCUUCCUCAACAGCCCACCUGGCAUGGUCCAAGGUAUGCAGCCUAUGGGCCCACCCCCGUAUCAGUGCCCACCCAGCUUCAAUGAUAAAUAUCCAAUGGAAGACGACAGGAGUUCCAGCAUUGCAGCACUCAGGAUGAAGGCCAAAGAGCACAUUCAGUCGAUGGAUAAAACCUGGCAGCACAUGUGAUCUACGAGGACGGAUUUUUGCGCUGCACCAGUGAAUGUUUACAAAUUGUUUGAUUCAUGUACCAAAGAAGAGGAUACAUGACACCAAAGAAGUUCGAAAGAUAUUUUAUCACAACAAGAUUUUUCAAAUCCACAUGAAAAUGUAGAUCAAAUCUCUGGGGAUCGUUCAUCUUGGUUUAGCUCACAGUGUUAGGCACCUGCUCUUUUUUGGUCAACAUAAAUACUGACUUAGCAAACCAGACACUUUUUUUGUGAGCAUUAAUUUUGUAUCUCUAAUGAAUUUGUAUCUCAGACAGAACUGACAAACUGAAACACAGUACAGAGAGAGUAUAUAGAGCCUUGUUGUCAGAGGUAGCAAUGUUUUUGUACUUAACUGAGUUAUUACUUGCUGACAAAUUUCCUCAGAUUUAUACACAUUUGCUGUCUUAACACAGUUUUGUUCUGAUCUUUAUUGUGCAGAUGAGAUGCUUUGUAAAAAAAACAAAAAAAACAAAAAAAAAAAAAAAAAACAA